AUUACUAUUAUUCCUAAACCUAGGAAGCUGGAGAAGGUAUAUAUUAUAUAUAAAGGCUAUAGACCUAUUUCCCUGCUUUUUUAUAUAGGUAAAGGCCUUAAAAGACUCCUAGCUAAAAAAGUCUCCCUCUUAGCGAUAGAAUAUAAAAUACUACUAGAAUAA